GACCUUUUCCUGUUUGUGCGCGUCUACUGGAUUCGAAAUAGAUAUGACGGCCAAAUGCUCGGCUUCUUAUAGAAUCACCAAGGCUCUCGCGCGGUACCCAGCAGUCCAGACCCAAACCCGGCGAGGAUUCUCAGCGGCUCCCCGACGGCAAGAUGCGGCAAAAGCAGCCGAAAAUGAUAAGCAACCAGAGGCAAGAAAUGAAGACAAAAGAGAAGAGGGCGCGAUGAGUCGGCGUCUCUCAGAGAUGGCAGAGCAAGCCUUUCUCGAAGGAGGUCGGUCAGCACGCAAGAACCUCUCGCAGGCGGGGUUCUCGGAGGAGCUCAAGAAGGAGCUUGAGGAGAGGGUAGCGGCGGCGACAUUCAAAAGCGAACAUGCGGCUGCACAUUCUAUUGUUAACAUGCCAGAAAGCGCCGGUCAGGGAACCCGCGACAUUGCUGGCGCCGCACCCUGGACCGGCACAGAGAGUACACACGAUGUGACAUUGCGGAUGCUCGAUGAUUCCAAGAAACCUCUCCGCACGCCUUACAAAAUCCCCCAACCGCACCAACCGGGCCCCAUAGACACUCGGCUCACACCCAAGCCGCCCCGCCACCCUGGCCUGCGCAUCGCCGAUGCAAAAGAACGGACAGCAACAUACACCUUGAGCAAAAGCGAAGGGGUCACCGAAACCGAACGGGAAGCCAUGCGGCGUGAAAUGCGCGAGCGCUUUACACCAGGCGCACGACCCAUGCCAGCAACACUCCAAGGUCUCGCAUCAUUAGCCAAUGAACGGAUAGAAGACGCUGUAGCGCGUGGUCAAUUUGAUAAAAUCAAGCGCGGGAAGGGCGUGGGAACACAGACGGACUACAACGCUAAUUCCGCUUUCAUCGAUACAACCGAAUACUUCAUGAAUAAAAUUAUCCAGAAGCAGGAGAUCGUUCCGCCCUGGAUCGAGAAGCAGCAGGAACUUGCGAGAGAGAUAGAUCGGUUCCGACAGCGUUUGAGAGUUGAGUGGAGACGGCAUGCAGCGAGAGUGAUAGCCAGCCAAGGAGGGUCGUUGGAGACGCAGAUGCGUAAGGCGGAGGCAUACGCGGCUGCAGAGGCGCGGCAUACCGCUCGACUCGAGCUAGAGAAAGCCUUCAAUGAUACUAAGUCUUCAAACAACAAUACCAGUACCAAGAAUAAUGUUCCAACUUCCCCUCCAGCCUCAGAUCCUUCCUCAACGGAAACUCUCCACCUACCACCCCUGCGCGACUCGCAAUACAUUUCCAACGAACGCUCAUUCCUUGAACUUUCGGUUAAAACAAUCAACGCACUAGCCCGCUCCUACAACCUGCAAGCCCCACCGGUAGCGCAAAAGCCUUAUCUCAAUCUCGAGCGUGAACUGGAGUCGUGCUAUGCGGAUGUGGCGCCGAGUUUAGCAGAUGAGAUCAAACGCCGUGCUACGGAGAAAGUACGGCAACCUUCAUAUACCGGGGCAAAGACGGCUAGUGUACUUAGUCAUCUGGCUACGUCUCAGACGGCCAGGGUGUAUGAUGAGGAUGAAUCGAAGGGGUAUGGUUUCAAGCAGUUCUGGCAGGAUCUGUUUUCGAAGAAAUGA